GCGGGAGCCGGAGCAGCUGGGCGCGGAGGGGCCGGUGCGUCCCGCCGAGCGCGCCUGCGUGCGUGGCCAGCGCGCUCCCCGCGCCCCUCGUUUCUGCCUGGCUUCUCGGCUAAAUUUUCCUCGGCGGGAUUAAAGUUGGAAAUUGAGCGGAGAAUUGAGUUGUCCGGAAACAGAGCUGCGGCCGCCGCCAGAGCGAUGUUCCCGCAGAGCCGGCACCCGACGCCGCACCAGGCUGCAGGCCAGCCCUUCAAGUUCACCAUCCCGGAGUCCCUGGACCGGAUUAAAGAGGAAUUCCAGUUUCUACAGGCCCAGUAUCACAGCCUUAAAUUGGAAUGUGAGAAACUGGCAAGUGAAAAGACAGAAAUGCAGAGGCACUAUGUGAUGUAUUAUGAAAUGUCUUAUGGAUUAAACAUAGAAAUGCAUAAACAGACUGAAAUCGCCAAGAGAUUGAAUACAAUUUGUGCACAAGUCAUUCCAUUUCUGUCUCAGGAACAUCAACAACAGGUGGCCCAGGCCGUCGAGCGUGCCAAACAGGUGACCAUGGCAGAGUUGAAUGCCAUCAUCGGGGUACGUGGCCUACCAGGUCUACCUCCUACACAGCAGCAGUUGCAAGCUCAGCAUCUUUCUCACGGCCAUGGACCCCCAGUGCCCCUAACGCCUCACCCCUCAGGACUUCAGCCUCCUGGCAUCCCGCCCCUCGGGGGCAGUGCUGGCCUCCUGGCACUGUCUAGUGCUCUGAGUGGGCAGUCUCACUUGGCAAUAAAAGAUGACAAGAAGCACCAUGAUGCAGAGCACCACAGAGACAGAGAACCGAGCACAAGUAAUUCCCUCUUGGUCCCAGACAGUCUAAGGGGCACAGAUAAACGCAGAAAUGGGCCUGAAUUUUCCAAUGACAUCAAAAAAAGGAAGGUGGAUGACAAGGACUCCAGCCACUAUGACAGCGAUGGUGACAAAAGUGAUGACAACUUAGUUGUGGAUGUGUCUAAUGAGGACCCUUCUUCUCCGCGAGCAAGCCCUGCCCAUUCACCCAGGGAAAACGGGAUUGACAAAAACCGUCUGCUGAAGAAAGAUGCUUCCAGCAGCCCAGCGUCCACGGCCUCCUCAGGAAGCUCCACUUCUUUGAAAUCCAAAGAAAUGAGCUUGCAUGAAAAAGCCAGCACGCCUGUUCUGAAAUCCAGCACACCGACGCCUCGGAGCGACAUGCCAACGCCGGGCACCAGCGCCACUCCAGGACUCCGUCCAGGCCUCGGCAAGCCUCCAGCCAUGGACCCCCUCGUCAACCAAGCGGCGGCCGGCCUGAGGACACCGCUGGCCGUGCCCGGCCCGUACCCCGCCCCGUUCGGGAUGGUGCCCCACGCCGGCAUGAACGGCGAGCUGACCAGCCCCGGAGCCGCCUACGCCAGCCUGCACAACAUGUCCCCGCAGAUGAGCGCGGCUGCCGCCGCCGCCGCGGUGGUGGCCUACGGGCGCUCCCCGAUGGUUGGGUUUGAUCCUCCCCCUCACAUGAGAGUACCUACAAUCCCUCCCAACCUGGCAGGAAUCCCUGGGGGGAAACCUGCAUACUCCUUCCACGUCACCGCGGACGGUCAGAUGCAGCCCGUCCCCUUCCCCCCCGACGCCCUCAUCGGACCCGGCAUCCCCCGCCACGCGCGCCAGAUCAACACCCUGAACCACGGGGAGGUGGUGUGCGCGGUGACCAUCAGCAACCCCACACGACACGUGUACACGGGCGGGAAGGGCUGCGUCAAGGUCUGGGACAUCAGCCACCCCGGCAACAAGAGCCCCGUCUCUCAGCUCGACUGUCUGAACAGAGAUAACUACAUCCGUUCCUGCAAAUUGCUCCCAGACGGUUGCACCCUCAUCGUGGGCGGGGAGGCCAGCACUCUGUCCAUCUGGGACCUGGCAGCUCCGACCCCGCGCAUCAAGGCGGAGCUGACGUCCUCGGCCCCUGCGUGCUACGCCCUGGCCAUCAGCCCCGACUCCAAGGUCUGCUUCUCGUGCUGCAGUGACGGCAACAUCGCGGUCUGGGACCUGCACAACCAGACGCUGGUGAGGCAAUUCCAGGGCCACACAGAUGGGGCCAGCUGUAUUGACAUUUCUAAUGAUGGCACCAAGCUCUGGACGGGCGGCCUGGACAACACGGUCAGGUCCUGGGACCUGCGCGAAGGGCGGCAGCUGCAGCAGCACGACUUCACCUCACAGAUAUUCUCCCUUGGAUACUGCCCAACUGGGGAGUGGCUGGCUGUGGGCAUGGAGAGUAGCAAUGUGGAAGUUCUUCACGUAAACAAACCCGACAAGUACCAGCUGCAUCUCCAUGAGAGCUGCGUGCUAUCCCUCAAAUUUGCUUAUUGUGGUAAAUGGUUUGUGAGUACUGGCAAAGACAACCUCCUCAACGCUUGGCGGACCCCAUACGGAGCUAGUAUAUUCCAGUCCAAAGAGUCCUCGUCCGUGCUCAGCUGUGACAUCUCUGUGGAUGAUAAGUACAUAGUCACUGGCUCAGGGGACAAGAAGGCUACAGUCUACGAAGUCAUCUACUGAAAACAUUAUGUGGUUUCACAUUUAUAGUUGAAUUGGGCCAAAAUGUUUUGAAUUUGUAGAAAUAGAAAAGUUGUAAUUUUAAAAGGAAACAACAACAACAACAUGAAAACCUGCUUCCAAACCUUGACACAAAGCUAUUUUGAGUCUAUAAAGAGGAGGCGACUAGUCCAUCAACUGAAGGUCACCUAUCUAUCUACCUAGACCAAACGGAGCACCGAGGCAAAGUGGACAGAGGGGCCAAGGGGUAGGCAGAGCCGGUUUUUUUUUUUCUUUCUGUGUGAUCUGCCGAGAUUACCUUUCUGUUCCUUGCAGUUUCCCUCAACAUUCUGUGCUUGGUAGAACAGUGGUGUCUCCAAUGAACUUGUUUCUCGGUUUUGCAUCUUGUGAAAUGUUUUUUUGUAUUUUUGUUGAAGGUUAAACAUUUGUAUAAAUUGUAAAUAUAUUUGGUUUAUUACAGUAAAGGCUUUAGUACCAAUAA